ACAUGGUGAAGCCUCAGCGUGGAAACUCUCAGUCUAUAUCAGAAACGGUUCAAGAUAAAAUGGUGGAGUCCAGUGAUGAUGAAGGACCUGAGCAGGUCGCUUUUGAUGAGUCGAAAGCAGCAGCUCUGAAGAGCGUUAAAAAUGCUCGGGAUUCGGUUAAACGGGACAAGGAGUUACUGAAGGAGAAGAGACGAAAAAGACAGGAGUUUUUUCAGGAGCAAAAGAAAAACAGACUUUUGCCAGAAACUCUUUUAGAAGAAUUGGACACAAAGGCGCAGAAACGGAAGUUAACACAUUCUGAUGCAGAUAAUAAUAGUGAUGAUGAUGAUGAGAAGGAGGAGGAGCAAGUGAAGGUGACCAAACCAAAGAAAGUGCAGAGAAGAUUGCAGGCUAACUGCAGUGUGAUGAGACUGAAGGACGACUCUACUGAUACCUCACUACAAAAAUCAGCCAUGGACUUCAUCCAGUCAAGACUGUAUGGUUCAGGAAGCCAGAGAACCACCAAUGCUGAGUUUCUGUCACUGGAAAAGAAACGGGGUCUCAAUCAAGGAGCUGCUGUGCAGUUUGUUAAUAAGAACUGGGGAAAGGAUCAGAAGGCCAAAGCAGAAAAGUCCAACAAGAGGUUCAUUCACAAACGCAAGCUCCUCGCCAGCUGAGUGUGCUGAUGUUUACCAGGACGUUUUUGGAGUGAAGACAUGAUCGAGACGGCCGGCUCCUGUUGUUGCUGUAUAUUUCAGUCAGUGCUGAUGAACUUCCUGGUCUCUAAACCAAACACUGAGUCCCUGAUCCCGACCUACUGGAGAGAAACGCUUCAUUUGAUCAUGGACGGGGGCUUGUGGCUGAAUAAAUGCAUCAUUGACGUUUAACGCCACAAAACCAGCACAAGCUGAAAUUAAAAUGUUUUUUUUUUUUCAUAUCUUAAGCUUCUGUCAAUGUUUAAAAGAUGUUAUUUGUGGCCUGACACGUAUGUAAACAGAACAUUAUAUGGGAAGCAUGCUAUUUUCUCACUCACCAGCCAUGCCUGAACAGGAAAAGGCCUUCCCUAAACUGUUGCUGCAAAUUUAGAAGCUCAUCAGUUCCUUUAUAUAAUCGAUUUGUUAUACCCGUUAACAACUGUUGUGGCUGAAACACAUAAAUUAAUUAAUUAAAAGGUGUGUCCCAAUA